AUGGCCUAUUCUAAUAAGUUUAUUUAUGCGACAUUGCCCCGAACACAGCGUGGCCAACCGAUCGUGCUGGGAGGUGACCCGAAGGGCAAGAACUUCCUCUACACCAAUGGACAUUCUGUGAUUAUUCGCAACAUUGAUAAUCCGGAAAUUGCCGACAUCUACACGGAACACUCGUGCGCGGUAAAUGUGGCCAAGUAUUCGCCGAGCGGGUUUUACAUCGCAUCCGGUGAUCAGUCGGGUAAAAUUCGCAUCUGGGAUACGGUGAAUAAGGAACACAUACUGAAGAAUGAGUUCCAACCGAUUGGUGGUCCUAUUAAGGAUAUUUCCUGGUCGCCGGACAGCCAACGGAUCGUCAUUGUGGGCGAAGGUCGGGAACGUUUCGGGCACGUGUUUAUGGCGGAAACGGGUACCUCAGUGGGCGAGAUUUCCGGUCAGUCGAAACCGAUUAAUUCGUGCGACUUCCGACCGGCUCGUCCGUUCCGAAUCGUAACCGGAAGCGAAGAUAACACGAUCGGGGUGUUUGAGGGACCACCGUUCAAGUUCAAGAUGACGAAGCAAGAUCAUACCCGGUUUGUGCAGGCGGUCCGGUAUUCCCCAAGCGGGCAUCUGUUUGCUUCGGCCGGGUUCGAUGGUAAGGUGUUCAUCUACGACGGUACAACCUCGGAGCUGGUUGGUGAGGUUGGUUCGCCGGCCCACAGUGGCGGUGUGUAUGGAGUGGCCUGGAAACCGGACGGUACGCAACUGCUUACCUGUUCCGGUGACAAGUCCUGCAAGCUGUGGGACGUCGAGACGCGCACCCUCGUUAGUGAGUUCCCGAUGGGCAGCACGGUAGACGAUCAGCAGGUGUCCUGCUUGUGGCAGGGAAACCACAUCCUGUCGGUGUCGCUGUCCGGUUUUAUCAACUACCUCGAUGUGAACAAUCCCACCAAACCGUUGCGUGUCGUUAAAGGUCACAACAAACCGAUCACGGUGCUGACGCUCAGCGACGAUCGAAGCACGAUCUAUACGGGAAGCCAUGAUGGUGCGGUCACGAACUGGAAUUCUGGCAGUGGUACCAAUGACCGUGUGGCGGGUGUUGGCCACGGUAAUCAGAUCAACGAUAUAAGGGCGGCCGGUGACUUUGUGUACACGGCCGGAAUUGAUGAUUCGAUCAAGCAGAUCAGCGUCGAGGGUAAUACGUACACGGGUGUGGAUGCUAAGCUCGCCUGUCAACCACGUGGUAUGGAUAUACUGAAGGAGGGCAAUACGGUUGUGGUUGGGUGCGUGAAGGACAUUACUGUGCUGCAGGACAACCGGAAGGUGUCAUCGUCGCCGAUAAGCUACGAGUCGAGUAGCGUUAGCAUUAAUCCGGAAACGAUGGAUGUGGCUGUUGGUGGCGACGAUAGUAAGGUGCACGUGUACGCGCUGAGCGGUGGUCAGUUGACGCACAAGCUGGAUUUGGAACACCUGGGACCGGUGACGGAUGUGCGCUAUUCACCCGACAACAAGCUGUUGGUUGCCUGCGAUGCUAACAGGAAGGUGAUUCUUUACAGUGUGGCAGAGUAUAAGCCCGCUCACAACAAGGAAUGGGGCUUCCAUAAUGCUCGUGUCAAUUGUGUAGCAUUCUCGCCAAACUCGGAACUUGUAGCCAGCGGUUCCCUUGAUACGACCAUCAUCAUUUGGUUCGUAAACAGCCCGGCUAAGCACACCAUCAUCAAGAAUGCCCAUCCACAGUCGCAAAUUACGGGUCUGGUGUGGCUGGAUAACGAAACACUAAUCUCCACCGGUCAGGACUGCAACACAAAGGUUUGGAACAUUGAGAAUGUCGCAUAA